GUGGGGGGCGCGUGGUCUUGCUGCCUGCCGUGCGCCAGUGGCGGCGGGGGUGGGGGUGGUGAAGCUGUCUCGGGGGCCACCCCCGAGGCCAAGAAGGGCUCCACCGGCCACAAGUGCCAGCAACAGCAACAGCAGAAGCACCAGUCCGGCCAACAGCGUCUACCGCAACCUUCCAAACUGCAGAGUCAACAGCAGCAGCAGCAGCAGCAGCUGAAGAAGGAGCAGGAGGAAGGGAAGAGGGAUCAAUCGGAGAAACAGGAAGAUAGGAAGGUAUCAGUGGCUAAGACUGAGUUGGCGCCGUUGAGUAACCUGGACGAGGAACUGGAAGACCUUGAGGACGAGAAGGCGGCCGAGAGGGCCGAGGAAGAGGACUUCGCUAAGGAGGGUAGCACCCAACACCGGCUGAGCCCCAGACUACACGACAUCGAGGAGGAAGACGAUGAGGAGGGACGCAAUACUAAGGAAAGUGGCGGCGGGGGUGGGGGUGGUGAAGCUGUCUCGGGGGCCACCCCCGAGGCCAAGAAGGGCUCCACCGGCCACAAGUGCCAGCAACAGCAACAGCAGAAGCACCAGUCCGGCCAACAGCGUCUACCGCAACCUUCCAAACUGCAGAGUCAACAGCAGCAGCAGCAGCAGCAGCUGAAGAAGGAGCAGGAGGAAGGGAAGAGGGAUCAAUCGGAGAAACAGGAAGAUAGGAAGGUAUCAGUGGCUAAGACUGAGUUGGCGCCGUUGAGUAACCUGGACGAGGAACUGGAAGACCUUGAGGACGAGAAGGCGGCCGAGAGGGCCGAGGAAGAGGACUUCGCUAAGGAGGGUAGCACCCAACACCGGCUGAGCCCCAGACUACACGACAUCGAGGAGGAAGACGAUGAGGAGGGACGCAAUACUAAGGAAAG